UGACAGCGACAAUGUUUCGAAAUUAGGAAGGGAAGCAGUGAUUAUUUUAUUAUGUAGACGCUUCGCCUCUGGGUACCCUGUAUGUCUAAAAGUGAAAAGUGCUGACAACUAAAUAACGUUUUCCUUACUUGCAUGGGAGAGAUAAUAUACUAAUGUAGACGUAGAACACAAGAUGCUCUGUGACAUAACAUGACUGGGUGAGGGAAAGCUUGAGGCAGUCCUGAUGUGGACAGACAGGGGAACACUUUUUAAAGACUUUUGUUUACUGUGUUCUUUGCUUUUUUAUGCCCUUACUACCGAGGAGAAAGUUCGAAAGUAUUAUUCCCGACGUCUAGUUUUCUCUUGUAAAUUUGAGUACCAAGUGUUUCUCUCCUAAAUACUGAGGAUAUUAUUUAUGUCAUUCUUAUCCCUGGAUAGGAGUAUAGUCUAAGUGAGUAGUUUUAAUAUAUUUUCCCCCCUUUAUUAAGGCCACUUUGUGAAUAUGUUAUCACACUGUGACAUUUAUGUCAUUUAAUAAUGCACUUGAGUUUGGAGAAAUGUUUUGUAAUGAACAAGGAUGGUUUUGGCUCUUUUUCUUCAUGGUUUAGUCUUAUGUAUGGUCAGUUAAUUCAGAACUAUUUUCCUCCCUCUAGUAGUUUAAAAUCAAGUUUUAGGCCUUGAUGUGUGCAUUCUCUGUCUGAAAGCCGUCCUGUCUUUAGAUUGACUUGAGCGUCUGUUUCUCUCCAUGUCUAACCUGUCUCAGGACUAUUUUAUUUAAACAAAGAAAUGUUUUGAAACACCAGCGAAGCAUCAAUCAACUUGCCAUGCCAUCGACAGAGCUACAAUUUAACGAGACGUGUAGGCCGGAUGAUGAAUGUGCUGAAAAUCUUCAGUGUGAUAAUGAAACUGGCACAUGUUUGUGCCUCCCCUCCUUGUACUAUAACGGGAGCUCCUGUGUAGAAAAGGGUCAGUACCGUGACUCAUGUGAUCCGAACACGGCUGACCAGUGUGCACAAGGUCUUGAGUGCUCAGUUAUGGACUCAUUUUGUGAAUGCCCCUUUUCUGAUUACUAUAAUGGGAGUCGGUGUGUCCUGAAAAUCCAAUUUAAUGAGACUUGUACGGAGAAUGCUGUAUGCACUGAGAACCUUCAAUGUGAUGACCUCACUAGCAAGUGUUUAUGCAAUUCUUCACUGUACUAUAAUGACAGUCUGUGUGUGGAAAGGAUUGGAUAUAAUCAAGGGUGCACAACAGUUGACAGUUGUGCUGAAGAUCUCAAGUGUAUUGACUUUUUUUGCAAAUGCCAGCACACACAAUAUUACAGUGGCAGCAACAAGUGUUUACCCAAAAAGGGCUAUGAUGAACAGUGUACGUGGGGGUCUCCAGGGUCUGAGAACCAAUGUGCUGGAAAGCUUACUUGUGAUGUCAACUCCUGGUGCAAGUGUUCUAGUGGGCAGUACCAUACUGGCAGCAAUCAGUGUGCCCCAAAAAUCAGCUAUAACGGAACGUGUCAAUUAGGGCCUGAGAACCAAUGUGCUGGACAGCUUACUUGUGAUGCCAACUCCAGGUGCAAGUGUUCUAGUGGGCAGUACCACAGUGGCUUCGACCAGUGUACCCCAAAAACGGGCUAUGAUGGACAGUGUACGUCGGUGUCUCAAGGGUCUGAGAACCAAUGUGCUGGACAACUUACUUGUGUCAACUUUGCGUGCAAGUGUUUUAGUGGGCUGUACCAUACUGGCAGCAAUCAGUGUGCCCCAAAAAGCGACUAUGAUGGAUAUUGUACGUCGGGGUCCCCGGAGUCUGAGAACCCAUGUGAUGGACAGCUUACUUGUGUCACCUCCAGGUGCAAGUGUUCCAGUGGGCUGUACCAUACUGGCGGCAAUCAGUGUGCCCUAAAAAUCAGCUAUAAUGAACAGUGUACGUCGGGGUCUCCAGGGUCUGAGAACCAAUGUGCUGGUGAUCUUUCUUGUGUGAACUUUGCGUGCAAGUGUUCUGACAUGGAGUACCACUAUGGCAACGACCGGUGUGCAACAAAAAAGGGCUAUGAUGAACAGUGUUCGUCGGUGUCUCAAGUGUCUGAGAACCAAUGUGCUGGACAACUUACAUGUGAUGCCAACUCCAGGUGCAAGUGUUCUAGUGGGCUGUACCAUACUGGCAGCAAUCAGUGUGCCCCAAAAAUCGGCUAUGAUGGACAGUGUCGAUUUGUGUAUGAGAACCCAUGUGCUGGACAGCUUACUUGUGAUGUCACCUCCAGGUGCAAGUGUUUUAGUGGGCAGUACCACUCUGGCAACAACCUGUGUGCCCCAA